AGUGUCAGUGCCGUCAGUCGUUGGACGCGUAUCGUUAGUAGUGGUCGACGAAUUGCCGAUUUGAAAUAAUUUCGAUAUACGCAUAUAUAUAUGUAGCUGUCGUUUUCUGUUCGCGCAUUAAAAGUACAUGAGAAGAUCUAUUUGUUAACUAGCUGCUACUAUAUACACAUAGUUUUGUCAAGACUUUGUAUAUUUAUAUACAUAUAUUUAAAAAGCACAUAAACGCGCGCCUCGCCGUCAUACUUAUUAUACUUGAAGUAGUAUAUGAAUAGAUCUAUCAUAUUCUAUUUUUUUUUUCUGUCUUGUUUUUUGUGACACAAUCGCGGGUGUGACAAGGAAAGAAAAGAAGUGUGUUUAAAAAUAGUUGACAACUGAGAAAGUAAGAAAAGUAACAUUUAUCGAGAAGCACAAGAAAAGUUAUCGAAAUGGUCGAGACGGUCGUUAAUAUUGAGCGCACAACAACAACAACAACGGGGCCACCUGGCGGCGUGAAUCCCUCUGGAGGCGAUAAUGGCGGCUUUUGGGGCGCGAUUCGCCUCAAUUUGGACUAUUACAGAACAAUACCCGGCAUUCUCAAGAUUGCCCAAUUGGUACUUGGCAUCAUUUGCAUGGCGCUUGCCUCACCGUCCAUGUCAUCCGCAACAAACUUCUUCCUGACCGUUGUCGUGCUCUCGUUUAUCGUCACCAUCCUCUUGAUCGCCGCCUAUUUCUUGGGCAUUCGCGAGGCUCUUAAUGUCAACGUCAACUGGAUAUUCUCGGAACUGAUAGCCACCGCUGUAAUUACGUUGCUGUACUUUAUAGCAUUCAUUGUGCAGUUGGCCAAAUGGGGAGAGUCAAUUCAGAUUGGACACGGCUCUAAUACGGCAGCUGGCGUCUUUGGACUGUUCAACUUCUUGGCCUAUGCGGGAGGCUUGUACUUCUUAUUCCUGGCGCAUCGAUCGGGAGCCACGCACUAAAUCGAAAGCUCAAAAGCUUUUUUGCCGAGUUAAUUGUCUGAUACGAUUCAAAUGCAAUCCACACACACACACAAAACAAACACACGCACGCACACAAUGAAAUCAAUUUAAUAGUCACACGCAAAUUGCAACCAUCCCCCCGUAGCAUUGUUUAAAGUUGUUUUCUAUGUAUUUUUUUUUUUGUUUUAGUAUUUUACUGAUGAUUGUUCAAAUCUAACGUUUAUAUAUUGAUUUACGUAUGCAUGUAUGUAUGUAUGUGGAGCACACGCACACGCAAAAAAGCUCACUCAAACUAGAGAAAGAAAGGAAAAAGAAAAAACAUAAAAAGCUUGCUCAGAUCAAAAUCAGUUCAGCUCUCUCGGCUUGAUUUGUUUUUAAUGUUAUUUUAAUGCUUACUUUUAACUUUAUCGCCUGCUAACAUUUAAGUUAAAAACAAAAAAACAA